GCAGUUGGAUUAACUGAGGUCUGCCCGAAUGCUACAUCCAUUUUAUAUACUAUCUAUGGGUCAGACGCAACCUGCUGAAGUUCGCUUCAUUCCAGGUGACAGAGGACCACACGCCUUUCCUCUCCUUGGUAUAGAGAACCAGCUUGUUGUCCACUUGCAGCAGAACUCUGAUUCCCCCAUCGUUAGUGUUAGUCUAUAAAGUUAGCCACUCUAGAGGAAUUAUCAGGCAGGCUUAAAGAGUUCCCCAUUCAAAGCAGGAUGUUUAUUGCGGGGGAGGAGCCGCGGCGGCAGUCGUGAUCGUAAUUUCCGGUUUGUGCACUGCGGAGUAUUCGAUUUGGAACAACAGUUGACAUCUGAAAAUAAGCGCACGUAGUGAGUGUGGAUAGUGUAUUGCGUUUAAGUGUACCCAUGGAAGCAUGGAUAUUGGAACACAGCACAUGGGUGUAGCGGAUGACGCGAAAAAACAAAGAUGGCUGCGCCCGUAGUGAAUAAGUUGAGAUGUAUUUUCUUUGUAUUAAUACCACGUUGGUCGUUUAAUGUUGAUUUUAAACGCUCUUAAACACAAAUACAUUUCUGAUUUAAUGCGGUCACCAAUUUAUGCAUUGGAUGGUAUUGUAGGACAUGUAAUUCAAUGUAAAUGUUUGAUUCAAGACGGUUUGCUAAAGAGGAUAAUGUAGCAAACAACAAUUGACUGCCUGCUCCUGCACUUCGUGGCACGGGAAAAACGUGACAGCACUUUAUGAUGUAGGCGAAAAUAGCAAAAUAUUAUUUAAAUGUAAACGGAGUUACUUGAAAUAUUAAGUCGAUACCUGAUGGAUGUUACGGAAUUCUUUCCAAACCAUUUCAGGUUUUGUUGUUACCUUAUGCAAGUCGUAAUAAGCCUUAAGUUAAAGGGCAACUUUCAAGUUAAUUGUAUAACUUAAUUCAUACAGAAUCGUGUAUGCAAAUGUCAAUUAAAAAAAUAAAUACACAGGAAUACAUUUAUCUUACAACACCCACGGAAGAAAGUGUACUUAUUCUAAGCUAGGCUCCCAAAAACCGCCCCUUUUCUCGAGAUCGCGCCUAUGACGUAACGACAGGCCAACAUUGGCGCUGCUGCGCCCAGUCGUCGGUUGGUUUAGUAGUCGAAGUGUUGGUAAGAGAGAAAAGAGCUUGUCGUUAUCGUUGUAGUUGAGGUUUGAGUUGUCGAAAUGGUUAAUUGUUGUGUUUGUUUUGGAUGCAACAACUCCAACUUGUCUGGCCAUCGGGUCCACCGAUUUCCAAACAAGAAAGACAACCAUUUCCGUGCUUGGAUACGUUUCGUCCAGGCAAAGAGAAGCAACUUCGCUGCCUCCUCGGUGACGAGACACACGGUGAUGUGUGAAAAACACUUCACACCAGACAGCUACAACCAAGGGGAUCUGAUGGAAUCGCGCCUGGGAUUUCGACGAAGAGAGUGGGUUAGGCUGGCAAAUGGAGCUGUUCCAUCUGUGCAUGCAGGUCUACCAGCAACAUCUGGCGGGAGUGAGUCCAGCACUAGCAGAGAAUCCGCUCGCCGAAAACGGGAGCUGUGCACAAUUUUGGGGGAGAGUGCUGCAAGCAAUGAUGCGGCGGGUGCAACUACCACUUCAGAGCCUGAAGAUGAUGGAGAUGGAGACACCUCUACGAUGGACCCUGAGCCAGUAGUUGUCCAUCGUGGAUCUCAGUGCAACAUACGAUGUUUCCAUCGUUCAUUAGAAGACUGCGAUGACUUUGGAGACUGCAGCACACAACGCGACGCCACCUCAGAGAGUCUUUACGCCCCUGGCUCCUCCCACAUGUCCAGUCACAACGAGGAGCUGAGGAUCCUGAACGUCUAUGGAAAAGGGGAGGGCCCACUGGCGCUGGACGGCCAUGACACACUCGUGUCUGAACUGGAGGCCCUGAACUCUCUGUCUGCAGACCACAGCGUGGUCAAGAGCCUGGAGCGCGGCGAGCAGCUGGUCCGCCGCGAGGAGCUGACUGGGCAGCAGACCCCAGACACCAUUUCAAUCAAAGUUGAGGAGGAUAUGGAUGGAGCCAUGCCCGCUCUAGAAGACUGCGAUGACUUUGGAGACUGCAGCACACAGCACAGCGCCGCCUUGGAUAGUCUGCAUGUGGACGCUCCUGGCUCCUCCCACAUGUCAGGUCACAAAGGGGAGCUGCGGAUCCUGAACGUCUAUGGAAAAGGGGAGGGCCCACUGGCGCUGGACGGCAAUGACACACUCUUCACCGCGUCUAAACUGGAGACCUUGAACUCGCUGUCUGCAGACCACCGUGAGGAGCUGACUGUGCAGCAGACCCCAGACACCAUUUCAAUCAAGGAAGAAGAGGAUAUUGAUUGGGGCAUGCACGCUGGAGAAGACUGCGAUGACUUUGGAGACCGCAGCACACAGCGCGGCGCCGCCUUGGAUAGUCUGCGUGUGGACGCCCCUGGCUCCUCCCACAUGUCAAGUCACAACGGGGAGCUGAGGAUCCUGAACGUCUAUGGAAAAGGGGAGGGCCCACUGGCGCUGGACGGCCAUGACACACUCGUGUCUGAACUGGAGGCCCUGAACUCUCUGUCUGCAGACCACAGCGUGGUCAAGAGCCUGGAGCGUGCCUUACAACUGCCCCUCCGCGAGGAACUUACUGUGCAGCAGACCCCAGACACCAUUUCAAUCAAAGUUGAGGAGGAUAUGGAUGGAGCCAUGCCCGCUCUAGAAGACUGCGAUGACUUUGGAGACUGCAGCACACAGCACAGCGCCGCCUUGGAUAGUCUGCAUGUGGACGCUCCUGGCUCCUCCCACAUGUCAGGUCACAAAGGGGAGCUGCGGAUCCUGAACGUCUAUGGAAAAGGGGAGGGCCCACUGGUGCUGGACGGCAAUGACACACUCUUCACCGCGUCUAAACUGGAGACCUUGAACUCGCUGUCUGCAGACCACCGUGAGGAGCUGACUGUGCAGCAGACCCCAGACACCAUUUCAAUCAAGGAAGAAGAGGAUAUUGAUUGGGGCAUGCACGCUGGAGAAGACUGCGAUGACUUUGGAGACUGCAGCACACAGCGCGGCGCCGCAUUGGAUAGUCUGCAUGUGGACACUCCUGGCUCCUCCCACAUGUCAAGUCACAAAGGGGAGCUGAGGAUCCUGAACGUCUAUGGAAAAGGGGAGGGCCCACUGGCGGUGGACGGUCAUGACACACUCUUCACCGCGUGUAAACUGGAGGCCCAGGACUCGCUGUCGGCAGACCACAGCGUGGUCAAGAGCCUGGAGAGCGGCGAGCAGCUGGUCCACCGUGAGGAGCUGACUCGGCAUCGGGGAGGCGGCAAGGGCCGGCCUUGUGUGUUGUCUGUUGAGGGUUUUCCUGAAAAAACUAACAUGAGUACCCGCAGCGGCGAGAAGCCGUACGGGUGCGACCAAUGCAAGAAGCGCUUCCAACUGAAAGGCAACCUGAAGAUCCACAUGAGGACUCACUCCAGGGAGAAGCCCUACAGGUGUGACCAAUGCGUGAAGCGCUUCAGUCUUAGCUUCAACCUGAAGGUCCACAUGAGGACUCACUCCGGGGAGAAACCCUACAAGUGUAAUCAAUGCGUGAUGUGCUUCGGUCAUAGCGCUAGCCUGAAAAGCCACAUGAGGACUCACUCCGGGGAGAAGCCCUACAGGUGUAACCAAUGCGUGAAGCGCUUCAGUAAGAGCUAUAACCUGAAGAUCCACAUGAGGAUUCACUCCGGGGAGAAGCCCUACAGGUGUGACCAAUGCAUGAAGUGCUUCAGUAAGAGCUAUAACCUAAAGAUCCACAUGAGGACUCACUCCGGGGAGAAGCCCAACAAGUGUAACCAAUGCAUGAAGUGCUUCAGUCAUAGCUCCGACCUGAAGGUCCACAUAAGGACUCACUCCGGGGAGAAGCCUUACAGGUGUGACCAAUGCGUGAAGCGCUUCAGUCAUAGCACUGACCUGAAGAUCCACAUGAGGACUCACUCCAGGGAGAAGCCUUACAGGUGUGACCAAUGCGUGAAGCGCUUCAGUCAUAGCACUGACCUGAAGAGCCACAUGAGGACUCACUCCGGGUUGAAGUCUUAUGGGUGUGACCAAUGUGUGAAGCGCUUCGGACAGAGCUCUCACCUGAAAAGCCACAUGAGGAUACACUCUGGGGAGAAGCCUUAUAGGUGUGACCAAUGUGUGAUGUGCUUCAGUCAGAGCUCCGGCCUGAAGAGACACAUGAGGAUACACUCCGGGGAGAAGCCCUACAGGUGUGACCAAUGUGUGAAGCGCUUCAAUCAGUGCUCCGCCCUGAAGAGACACAAGAGGACUUGCUCCGGGGAGAAGCCCUGAAGGUGCAACGCCAGCCUCAGUGACCCUAGCAAUUUGCGUUUGCACAUGCUCAAGGAUAGAGGCAAUGGGGUGCUUUGACACGGGCAACGGGAUGCUUUGAUUGACACCUCUAUCCUGUAUUUGUUGAAAUGGCUGUUGUAGGUUAUUUUUUUCUUCGUGAUUGUAGACACUUUCCAAAUUUUCUUUUGCUUUCUGCUUUCUGCUUUAUUGUUAUACUUAAUUGAUGUCUCUGUGAUGAAGAAUCAUUUAUUUUUUUGGUCACUUCAGACAACCAAAUAUUUGAUUUAAAUGUAUUGCAUGAUCAUGAGAAGAUACAGGUAGCAAAGUUACCGAGCAUUCAAUGAGACAAUGGGUGUACAUGAUUCUUAUCGGCAAUUUCACAUUGUGGGUUAACACAAAGGAAACAAAGGUGAGGGGGAGUGACCAUUGGGGAGAUUUUAGGUUUGUCCAGAGGAGAGAUCAAGUUGAAUUGCAAUUCACUAUGGGUGGAGUGGACUUGGCUGCAAGACAGUUAAAGGAAUUUACACAACAAAGUAGUAAUUCGAUUGGCCUCAGUAUCAGGCUUCGUGGCUACAGUUGCAAAUUAUAACAAAAGCUUUCAACUAUAGAAGACGGGCAUUAUCUCCCUUUCAAUUGGCUACCCACAAUAUACAAUUGUAUAUUAUAGUUAGGUCAAGCAUGCAGCACUCAACCUUGGUCUUUCUUAAGUUUCAUUCUAUCUUUCUUAUUCUCCACAAACUUUGAGAUCCUGCUCCUUCCACAAUUUUUCCGUGAGAGACUACAUUACAAUUUUAAAAUGUUAAGAUUAUCUUGGAAUUGCACGCUUCUAUUCAGAUUCUUCUCUGACAUCUGACACACAACUACUUCAAACUUCGCAACUUGGUCAACUUCAACCAUUAAUCUUCGUUCAAACAUUGAACAAAUUAACACAAUUGUAUCUUCAAAAAGAUAUAAACAAUGCAAUAAUAAAUAAUGUAUCAAAAAAUUAUAUCCUCUAUACGGUUUUUCAGAAUCAGUUUAACAGUUUAAUUUAAUUCAUUACAGCCUCGUAUAUUUUCAGUUGGUCUCAUUUACUUCUGUUGAGGCUUGAGUUUGAGGACGCUAGAUGACGCUCGAGCCCAAGGUUGCUAUCGCAAAAGCUAACUAUUGUGGACAGAGCCUUAAUAACCUCACUAUUUAACCUAGAAUUACAAAGUCAAGCUUAAACGGUUAAAUUAUUUUUGUUACACUAGCGCUAAACUCAUUCAUUGAUUGGAAAUAUGAUGGUUAUAUAUCGUGCAUCUGUCUUUGGGGAACCCCUAUUUGUAUUGCAAGAGGCUAGGAGCUUACUAGGCCUACAUAUUUGAUUUCACUUUCGGUAAAUGCUAACUGCAAUGCUUAAACAAUCUUUUUCACAAAAUGCUAUCUACACAAUAUAGUAUAUUAAAGCUGAGACUCAAUGGAGUCCAACAGACUGUGAGCCUGAAUUAGAUAUGAAGGAAUAAGAUCAAUAACAUACUUUUCCAAGUUACUACCACACAGACUAGCUAUUCUGUAUUUAUUUCAAAUGUAUUCAAACUUGAUCACAUUGGCUAUUAGUUUAACUUCACUUUAUUUGUUUCCAAGUGUUUUUUAAAAAAUGGUGUGCAUGUUAACAUUGUUUACUCCAUUUAGACUCUUCAAAUCCCUUCACUUGAUUUAAGCCAUCUAACAUUUUUUUAUAUCGUAAAUUAGCUGCAUAUUUCCACCAUCCCUUUGCAUCUCAUCGCAUUUUCUGAAGGAAAUGCAUUUUCUAGUGAAUCUCAUAGCGAAUCAUAAAGAAGAGGAUUAGGGCCACUCAAAAAAAUAAAAGAUUCAGACUUUAUUCUCCGAAUUCUGAGAUUAGAGUCAGAAUUCUGAUUUUAAACUCAGAAUUUUGACUUUAAACAGAACUGCGGCUACCUGUAACGCCCCGUGCCCACUACAUGCGUCCGUUGCGUUAUCCCAAUGGGGGCAGACUUUUUUACGCGCCGCUGCGGCGCCUGUGUGUGGAGGCCUUCAAAGACCCACAUGAGGACUCACUCCGGGGAGAAGCCCUACAGUUGUGAUCAAUGCGUGAAGUGCUUCUAUAAGAGCUCUCACCUGAAGAGCCACAUGACGACUCACACCGGGGUGAAGUCCUGAAGGUGCAAUGCCAGCUUCAGCGACCCAAACAAAGAGGCAAUAGGGUGCUUGGAAACAGGGCAACGGGACGCUUUCAUUGACACCUCUAUCCUGUAUUCGUUGAAAUGACCGCUGUAGGUUUGUUGUUCGCUUUAUCAAAGACGCCUUCCAACUUUUCAAUCGCCUUCUGUUUUUGUUGAUAAUAAUUGAUGUCUGUGUGAUGAAGAAUCACUUAUAUUUUGGACCCUUCGGAGAACCAAUUAUUUGAAUUAAAUAUAGAGCAUGAUCAUGGCAAGAUACAGGCAUCAGUUACCAAGCAUACAUUAAAUGUGACAAUGGGUGUACAUUAUUCUCAUAGGCAAAUUCACAUCCUGGGUUAAUAAAAAGGAAAGAAAAAUGAGGGGGAGUGACCAUUAAAUUGCAAUAGUGACGUGGACUUGGCAGCAAGACAGUUGAAGGAAUCACAACAAAAAAGUCAGUAGAUUGGCCUCAGUAUUUGUUGCGACAAUUGCAAUGCAAAUGCAACUCCUUUAAAUUAGAGAGGACGGGAGGCAUCUCUUGGUCCAAGGAGAUUGUAUAGAAACCCCUUUUCAAUUGGCUACAUACAAUUUUCAAUUAGUUAGGUUGUGCAUGCAGCGCCGCUCAACUCAACCGUUUUAUUUUUUAAACACUGGGCUCCUUGAAGGAACUCUUAUCAAAAGCCUACCUCCAUUCCUGAGGGAUAUUUACACAUGUCUCUCGUUCACACACCAUAUGCCUUUCAAAAGGUGAACCCCGGUUACCUCGUUGACCGAAUGUACUUCUAAGUUGCCCCUGAGAGGGACGUCUGGCUCACUUCACCAUGAGAGGGGGACACGAAGCGGGCUUUGUGACGUCCCAAAGGAAGAAAGGCCCCUCCUGCGGUCUCCCUGUCUCAUGGUAAUUGGGCUAACUUAGAAGUUAGAGUUAACUACUCAAUACUCCAGUUAGAGUCAGACACUGCCAGCUGUAUGAAUGUAUACCACAGUAUGUAUGACUCUGCCGUCGGUGUGUCAAUGUGUGUAUUAACCGAUGUAAGUCACUUUGUAUUAAAGAAUCUGCUAAAUGCCCCAAUUGUAAUUGAACAUAUUGUGAUAUUGUUGAAUAUAAAUUUGAAUCUAAUUAUUUCAAUGCAUGUUUUAUUGUUUAAACGUGGUAAAUCAGGUUAAUGAACAAGGUGAUGAGUGGAUUUUAAUAAAAGACCUCACAUGGGAUACUAGAUGUUACCUCUUUACACUGUCAUGAUUUGAGAUGUAACUUAUUUUGACUUAUUUUGAUAUUUUUUUUCAUUGUAAUAGGCCUAUACUGGGAAUACAG